ACCUUUGUCUUUGCGCGCGUGCGUGCGUGAUGUUUCGCGGCAUCCAAUCAUCAUCAUCAUCUCUCUCUCUCCGCUUCCAUCAACCCAACCCCUUCGCAGCUCUUGGGGCUCUCCCCUGCUGCCACCUACACGUUUUGCCUCCACCCCACGGGCAGUUCGUGUUAGCGGGGGGCUGUAUUUAAACCUCACGGAGUCGGAGCGCUCUCGAGUCGCACACACGCACGCGCCCCGUGGCUACGCGCACUCGCCGCUGUCGUUGUGACAUCGGACCCUGCACCAUCAAAGCGCUGCAUUGGACAAGGUCAAGCAUGACGUGUUGAUGCGGAGACUGGCUUUGCUCUUCAAAUCCAAGGUUGGACUCCUGUGAAGAUGACCAUUCAGCAACGACAAUCCUUGUGUCAUCUCAGCCCGGUGUUGCUCUAAGUACAUCACUCCGCAUCCCCCACCUCCUGCUCCUGCUCACCACCAUCAUCACCGUCGUCGUCAUCAUCGUCGUCGCAGUGAAGAGCGUGCCCCUUGGGCGCGCAAUCAUGCUCCUCGCCACGUUGAGAGAGCCCCACAGCCUCUCCCACGGCAAGGGCUCAAGAUGAGCGAGUCUCGGCACGGCUUUGUGCUGCUGCUGCUGCUGCUGAUUAUUAUGAUGCCGUCAACACUGCCACCGUGCGCGGCAAUGGAUUUAUCAACGUUCGGACGAGUCGAUAUCGUCAAGGAGGAACGCGGUGCACAAGUCCUCUCGGCGUUUUCGUCCGCCACCGCCGGUGCCCACAAAACAUAUUCCUCGUCGUCAUCAUCCGCCGCCGCUGUUGCUGCUUCGUCCGCUUCAUCAUCGGAGAGCCAACGACUCCUGCAAAAGGACCUCGAGACGCGGCUGCUGGAAGUGUUCGGCCUGAAGAGGCGGCCGAGACCCAGGCCAGGCGUUGCGGUAUCCCAGUACCUCGUGGACGUCUACCGCCUUCUGCAGACCGCCGGGCUGGGGCCAAGCGGGCCCGGGGGGUCCCGAGCGGCGUCCGCGUCCGAGUUGGAAUCCGAUUUGGGGUUCGCGGAGCGAGCGUCGGCGAUGGCCAACACAGUGAGGGGCUUCCACCACGAAGAUUCGUUGGAGGAGCAGCCUUACCACGGCCAAUCGGCGGCGGCGGCGGCAGCGGCGUCGUCGUCGUCCCACCACCACCACCAACGCCACCGCCUGGUCUUCGACCUGUCCAGCCUCCCCGCCGACGAGUGGGUGCACGCUGCCGAGCUGCGCCUCCACCGGGCCCGGCUGCGGCCCCAGCGGCGCGUGGGCCGCCCGCUCCGCGUCAACGUCUACGAGGCGGCGGCGACGGCGGCGACGCUCCUCGACUCGCGGCUCGUGCACGACAACGCCACGCGCUGGGAGAGCUUCGACGUGAGCGCCGCCCUCCAGCGACGGGCGCUCAGCGGGCGGCCCAGCUCCAGCCUCGGCCUCCUCGUCGAGUUGCUGCCGACCCCCGGGGAGGACGCGGCCGACGGCGACGACGGCGGCGGCGGCGGCGGCGGCCACGUUGGCCACGUGCGCGCCAGCCGGGCGGCCGUACCGCCGCGGGCCCGCUCGCCUGAGGACCUCGACUCGUGGCCGCGGCUCAGGCCGCUGCUCGUCACCUACGGCCACGACGGGAGGGGCGGCCGAACGUUGGGCGAGGCGAGGGCGAGGUCCCGGCGGGCGUCGGGGAGGCACGCGGGCGGCCGGCGUCCGCGCGUGCUCUGCCAGCGCCAGCCGCUCUACGUGGACUUCCGCGAGGUGGGCUGGGACGACUGGAUCGUCGCGCCGCCGGGCUACAACGCCUACUUCUGCCAGGGCGAGUGCCCCUUCCCGCUCGCCGACCACCUCAACUCGACGAACCACGCCAUCGUGCAGACGCUCGUCAACUCGGUGAACGCGAGCAUCCCGCGCGCGUGCUGCGUGCCCACCGAGCUGAGCCCCAUCUCCAUGCUCUACAUGGACGAGUAUGAGAAGGUGGUGCUCAAGAACUACCAGGACAUGGUGGUAGAGGGCUGCGGCUGCCGCUGACUCCCUGCCGGUGGUACGACCGUCGGUGCCUGCGAGUGGCCAUGGAGGUCAUUUGCGGUGAACCUUUGCCAGAUCGAGUGAACGCAGAGCCUCGUCGAGUGUGAAGAUGCAGAUGAUGGCCCAGUGCCUGCGGUGGCUCUUAAUGCCAGCGAGGAAGCGCUAUGCUGGCACCGCUGGCAUUCUGUAUACAAGUCCAGGUUUCUCUUCCACCCACCGUGAUCAAACCAGUUUCUCAGGCAUAGUAAGUAAGUUGACUGUCUCGGCCAAUUCACCAAUGAAUGCAAAAACAAUCAAUCGCAUUGGAUGAAGUGCUUCGCAUAAUUCCGAAUAUUACAACUUCCGAGAACUGAAAACGUCCCGUUGUGUUGCCUUGUAACGACGAACGCACACUGUGUGCCCCACAAGGAGUGGACAAGAGGCAACUGGACCGACCUCAGAAGUAGUUCUGCGAAAUCAUUUUCCUGGACCCAUGACAAGACCACACUGCUCAUUUUUUUGUUUGGUUUUGGUCUCUGACAUGACAUGGACAGCGCAACUAAAAUAUAUUCUGUAUAUAUA